AUGCUGGCUACGGGCCAGGCGCAUUACUCACCCUGUUGUGUCUAUUUAUACAAGGUGUUCCAGGCACGGACGAGAAACGAUACUUGGGAGGUGUUUCAACGUAGGGAAGACGGAUCUGAAAACUUCUAUCGGAAUUGGGAAGACUAUCUUAUUGGCUUCGGCCAUUUGUCCAAAGAAUUUUGGUUGGGCAAUGAAAACAUCCAUCGUCUGACCCACCAAAGACCGUAUCAACUAAGGGUGGACCUGGAAGAUUGGCAAGGAAAUAAGACGUAUGCUAUCUACGACUACUUCUCUAUUGGUCCCGUUACCGACUACUACCGACUGUUUGUUAUUGGCUACAGCGGUGAUGCGGGGGACAGUUUUUCAGGUCACCAUGGAUAUCAGUUCAGUGCUAAAAAUCUCGAUAAAGAUACAUAUCCUGGACACUGUGCCAAGAAAUUUAAUGGAGCGUGGUGGUAUGCGAAAUGUCAUUCUUCUAACCUCAACGGUCUCUACCUGAAGGGAAGUCACACCUCCUACGCCAACGGUGUAAACUGGGGAACGUUUAAAGGUCACUACUACUCAUUGAAGAAAACGGAAAUGAAAAUCCGACCCAUGAAGCGUUUUCUGACAGAAUAAAAAAGCAAACAACAAGAUGCAAUUCCGACUGUUGUUUCACGUCACACAGAAUAAAGAAAACAGAAAAAAAUCCUACCAAACA